ACGAGAGGCACAAACUUCUGAAAUAAGCAAACAUUUAUUCAUUUUUUUUCUGUACAUUUUCGGCGCAUUACUUACAGGUUAUGUGGUAUCGUUAGAAAUUGUAUAUAGGUCUAACUAUAAUUAAGUCGCCGUAAAUAAUGAAGAAUGAAGAAAAUUAGGGGGUUGGCGACCAUAGGUAAAUUUUGAUUGGCCGUACAAUGUACAGGGGUCGAAUGUCAAAUGAUGAUAGACACAGGAAUUUAUUUAGGGUGUUGCCCAAAUUUAAAAAACAAAACUUAAUUCAGCCAGAGAUGUAUACGUCUCUGAUUCAGCCACAAAUUUAGUUUUGGACACAGAAAAAACGUGUUGCUGCAUCCGCCACUGAAGAUAUAUGUACGUUCUCUGAAAUGAAUACAUUAUCGUGUAGUUUAGUUUUACACUGUGAAAGGGAGAUAACUGAAUUUCCCUACACACUUGUUAUGUCGCAUUUUUCAGAUAUUAUUAUUACAUACCGCCGCCUAAGUUAUUAUAAACGCAGGAAUGCUGAAUAUGACCAAAAUAUCACCACAACAUCAUAUAGUUAAACUGUUUAUAGCUUAUCUACGCUACAUUUGGUGUUGGGUUACAAUUGUUUGCGUUAUUUCAAGCUUCAGAUAGUCUCCAUGUACCAAUUUAUACACAAUAAUUUUACAGCCUGUAUAAUACUCACAAUACAUAUACACCGUCUAAAUAGAGGAGCCGUCGAUUUAAUGACAAUCACUUAGAUGUUUGUAUUAUAGGUUUAUAGGUUUUAUAGCUGUACAUCCUUCCUGUCAGACAGUUUAAUACGCUCAAUAGGUUUCAGACAGGAAAGGACGAAUUUGGACGCAUGUACUGUACUACUGUACCCCGAGGGCAGUACAAAUUACGCCAGCUGAUCCAUCAAUAUUGCCAGGCCCGGUUGGUAAGGGUAUCCGGCGUGUGAAUUUAAGUGUUCUACGUACAGGGUGUGCUGUAUAGGUAAACAUGGGUUAGCAGUGUCUGUACAUGAUUGGUGAUUUCCAAUUACGGAAGUGAUUUUCAUUUGUGUCGGAAUGAGUGAAAUAGAGAAAUGUGCAAAAUAUUUGCGGAGCUGAUUUCUAACGGAUUUAACAUCUAGCAUACAACCAUGAGUACAGCAGCAUUACAGUGUUUGAGUUCUACUGUGUGUGUCAGCCUUCCGGAGCCCAUCCACCCCUGCGCCCUCCUGCCCCCCAGUGACCCAGACGUGGGCGUGUUUCCUGAGGUCUUCAAUAGGAUACAACUGAUCAAACUCUCCAAACCUACAUGGACAAACUACACAGAAAGAUGUUUGGGUGGAGGAACUACAUUAGCUGUCACCACAGAUCCUAUAACCACGACCGAGGCGGAGACCACCAGUGUGUUUCACACAGUAACCCACACCCUUACAGAGGCUGUGACCAAUAUGACCAAUGUCACAGCUGACCGAGGCGCCAGCACCACAGAAACAGCCACCCAAACAACCACUGUUACUGAUAGCGAUGCAACCAAUGACUGGGUCAUCCCAGUGAUAGUCGUUGUCAUCAUCGUCAUCAUCCUCCUCCUCGCCAUAGUUGCCAUCAUCUGCAAAACAUGUCACCAUGCCAAAAGUUUCAAUAUGUUUAUUGGUUUAGAAAGAAUUGUCAUUCGAAAGAGUUCAAAAAAGGAUGGGUUCAACAGCUACCAUGAUAGGUACGUGGUAGUGGGACCAGAUAAGACAGCCAAGGGAGUUAACUCCGAGAGAGUCAUGGGAAAUAGUAAAGAAGUGAUUGGAAAGCAUAUUUCUAUAUCUGUGGAAGAUGAAGCGAGUUCAAAGAAAGAAGAACAUGGUGAGACGACUAAUUCUGGGAUCACCUGUGAGAUUGAGUUACAAAUAUCACGGAUUUCAGGUAACACAGCAAAGAGUGAAGAACAUCUAGUUGAACAGGAUGAAUUGUGUCCAGAAACAGAUGUCAAAGACAAUAGCAACACAGAGCACCAGACACAACACCUCACAAAACAGGCUAACUCUGUUGAUGUACAAAAUGGCCCCCAGCAAACUCCCAUAUCGGAUCAAAGGGAACAGGAUAGUUCGGACACUGCCAGUGACGUAGAACAGGCAUGUGUUAGCAGUGAAAUGAAAGAUGGUGGAGCUGAUAAGGACAAGGUUCAGCCAGUAUCUAAUAACAGUGAUAUUCCUAUAAUUAGGGAAACUUCGGACAUCAAAAGCAACAGCUCAUCUAACCCCUCUAAUUAUACUGAUCCGCAGCCUAAAGUAAAUAAUGUUGAAUCCCAAGGGAGUUCAGAUAUUGAGGAUACAGAUGUUAGAGAUUCCAGAACUCCACAAUACCAAAAUUGGAAUUCAAACGGACUGCAAAAGCGUCCAGACUCUGCAAUAAAAUCCCACACUCUAUGCCUAAAUGGCACCCUGGAGAUUGACCAGAAGUUUGAUCAUAGCUCAGAGGACCAGUUCAUUCCUAAUGGAGCCCCCUCACCUGGGGUGGGGAGUGAUAUAAAACCUGGUUUUGACGCUGAUGUCACUGAUGGUACAGAUGAUCUGGGGAGUGAGGACGGCAAUGAUGGGACUGUAGAUGGCAAUGAUAGGACUGUAGAUGGCAGUGAUGGGACUGUAGAUGGCAGUGAUGGGACUGUAGAUGGCCAUGAUGGGACUGUAGAUGGCAGUGAUGGGACUGUAGAUGGCCAUGAUGGGACUGUAGAUGGCAGUGAUGGGACUGUAGAUGUGCGUCUCAGUAACGGUUACAGUGACAAUGAUAGUGUCAGGACCAGUGGUACCAGUGACUGUAGUCGCAAGUCAGACCUCCGAUCAGAUUUGUUUGAUUUUAUCAAUAGUAGUUUGACUUAAUAGUUUUUAAUUAAACAGUAACUGUAAAGUUCAGCAUCCAAAACAGAUAUCUUGCCAUAAAAUUCCAGCUUAUCUUUUUGGGUAAUUUAUGUGCAAUAUGUAUCAUUUUUUGUCACAAAAGUAGUUACGCUAUUUAGUCUUGCUAUAUUUUUGAGGUGAAGCCAUUUGUUAAAAUAAUCAGGGGCCAUAUUCAUGAAAAUGUUCUCAUGUUGAAAAUCAGAUUCCCUCGUGCUCAAUCUCAGAUUCUGUUGCUCAAGUCUAAUUUCUUACUCUAGUGUUAAUUUGAUCAAACAUUACAUUUUCUCCAUGGUUUUGAAGAAUUUUGGAAAUCUGUUUUCAAUGUUAACAUUUUGACUUUUUGAUUGUGUUGCAUCAUUUAGGUGAGUUACAAGGAAGUUAUUUUGAGCACAAAAUCUGUGCUUGAGUAUGAGAAUGGUUUCAUGAAUAUGAGUACUAGUAAUAUCUAAAGUAGGAACAUAGCUAGUGCAAGGACCACUAGUUUAUACUUCAUCCUAAUAUGUUCCAAAUAUUUAGGGGCCAAUUCAUUGCAUAAUCUGAAAAGUAAUCUAUGUGUUUAAUUAAGUUUUGUGAUAUGAAUUGUAUACAGGACUACCGGUAAGUGUUAAGAAAAAAGGCUGGGUUCACUUUGAGAAUUAUGGGUGAAACACAAAGGUUUCACAUACACAAUAGAGAGGUCAUACAUGUAUCUAUGUAUUUAACUGAAGAUUGUGAUUGAGAUAGAAGUAGAAAUCCCAUAUGAGACAAUCAGAGUGUGUUUUUUUUUUGUUUUUUUUUAAAUAGCGGCAGAUAACGAGUGUAUCUAUUUAUAUCUUUUAAAAUUAUUUUAUCAGUUGCGCUUGAUUUGAUAUUCAUUGUGUUGAUUUCCACAAGAAUAAUGACUUCAGGUAAAGGAUGCCAUCCAGUUAAGAUACAUUUUUACCAUUAUUGUUACUGCUGUGAAAUGUUUAAGGAAUUUUUUCAAAAGAACAAUUCCAUAAAAAUCCCAUGUUGCCAUACAUUUGACAGAUUUAUAUCUGUUCAAACUGUAAUGUUUGAAAUUAGAAUAAAAAAUAAAUCAGGAAAACUGCUGGUGUCAAGUCUAGGACCUUCUCGUGUCAAAGUCUACACUUUACCAAUGUUGACAUACAGGAACUAAACAAGAACAUGACAGGGGCAGUUACUCUCAGCCAGAAAAAACUCCUUUAGUUAUUUUAUCUUUUAUAUAAAAGGGAGACUACUCCAGGUAAAAAACUGAUUUGAACUCUUCUUCGUGAUUAAAAUUGAUGUUGUUUUAAGGUCAUUGGAGUGUAUUGAUAAACGGAAACAGGAAGUACAUCCCUAGUUGAAUAAUCAAUGUAGGGA